AUGCUCUCAUAUCGAACCGUGGGGUACAAUGGCUACGGAGUCGCGUACUCGCCCUUUUUUGACAACAAGUUGGCCGUGGCCGCCGCGGCCAACUAUGGGCUCGUGGGCAACGGCAAGCUCUUCGUCUUGGACAUCGACAGUGCCGGCCAGAUCCGUGAGAACAUCGCGUGGGACACCCAGGACGGUCUCUUCGACUUGGCGUGGAGCGAGUUGCACGAGAACCAGGUCGCCACCGCGUCCGGCGACGGCUCGGUCAAGCUCUUCGACUUGGCCGUGCCGCAAUUCCCCGUCAUGCACUUCAGGGAGCAUCUGCGCGAGGUGUUCUCCGUCAACUGGAACCUCGUGGACAAGGUCAACUUCGUCACGCUGUCGUGGGACGGCUCCAUCAAGGUGUGGGCGCCCAACCGGCAGCAGUCGCUCGUCACGUUGAGCCCGCAGGUCGACUACACCACGGCCGCGUCGAGCGUGCCGCAGACGGCCCGGCCCUCGGUGCCUAUGGCCCACACAAACACACCGGGCCCCAUCGACACCGCCCAGUGCAUAUACAAUGCCGUGUUCUCGCCGCACUCGCCGCUGACCAUCGUCAGCUGCACGGGCUCGUCCCACGUGCACAUCUGGGACAUCCGCGCACCCAAGCCGCUCCAGCUCGACUACGUGGCGCACGGCGGGCUCGAGUGCUUGUCCGUGGACUGGAACAAAUACAAGCCCACGGUGAUUGCCUCGGCAGGCACCGACAAGGCCGUGCGCGUGUGGGACCUCCGCAUGAUCGCCAAGCUCGACCUGCCCAAUCUGCACCUGCCGAUGCCAGCGUACCACAUGCGGGGGCCGACGCCUCUCAACGAGCUCUUGGGGCACGAGUAUGCCGUGCGCAAGGUGGCGUGGUCGCCGCACGACGGCAAGGAGCUCCUCAGUGCCUCGUACGACAUGACUGCGCGCGUGUGGCACGACCUGUCGGACGAACGUGCCCGGUUUCUCAACAGCAAGGCCAGCGGAUGCCGCGGUGUCAUGAGGCAGCACCGCGAGUUUGUGAUUGGGUGCGACUACAGUCUCUGGGGCGAGCCUGGCUGGGCCGCCACCACGGGCUGGGACGAGAUGGUCUACGUAUGGGACACGAAGAGGGUCUAG